AUGUAUGUUUCCGUGCUGAUCUCAGGUGUCUGCAGCUUUGGCGACCCAGACGCUCAGCCGCCCACCCCUAAACAAACACCAACAUUAUCGAUUUUCCCGAGUCCUCGUUUCGAAACACCAAAGAACAACGCGGGACGAUUCGACGAGCCUGGAGGCUGGACUCCUCAUUUUGCCGAGGAUUACUCCGUCUUCAACUCGACCCCGGGGAACCUGAGGGGCAGCCAGCAUCCCUUUCCCGAUUUUGGUCCAGCAACCCCAUACCUUGGUUCGGCCCGCAAACGGACGUUGUCUACUGGGGAAACGUUUUCGCCCACCACCAACUUGCAGCUACCGUCUGUGGAACUGUCCGAGAUUCUACAAUCCUCUCCGAGCCAACUAUCAACCCCAACCUUUGAACAGUUAACUCCCGCCAGCCGAAAUUCAGAUACUGCUGAGAGGACUUCAAAGAAGGUGCAGCGUGGAACAGUGGUUGAGCAAUCUCAGGGACAAACAGCAACCCCGCCGCCCUCUGGCCGGAAGGGUGAACGGAAACUCGCUCCCAAACUCGAUACGUCCGCCAUGCAGAAUGAUCAGGGCUACGGCCACCCAGACUUUUUGGCGACUGCCCAGCCACAAAUGGGCAACUUCGUGACCAACACUGGCGACAUGUUUUCUUAUCCCUUAUCAGCACCAGGAUAUGCACCACAGCGGUCGUUUUGGGACCAGGAUCCCAACAUGGGAGGGAUGGAAGUUGAUUUCAGUGCCAAUGGCGCCAAUGGUGGCGAUAUGUUCCAAAACCAGACACAUCAACCUCUCACCCCAGUCGACUGGGCAAAUGCCAAUCUGAUGCAGGCACAGGACGCCAUGGUCGGUCAUGAAAACGGUCAUGUUACUACUGGAAAUCACCAAGCUCCCCUUAUAUCACAAGCGCCCAUGCCUGCCCUCGUAACUUCAGCCCCCGAACAAGCCAUGUUCGCGGUUGAUUAUUCCACGACCAUGGAAGACAACUUUGGAAUGAACAGUAGCGGCGGCGCGGUAAACCCCGGGCUCAUCUUCAGCCGGCCGCAGUCAGCCAACAUGGAUGUCAUCUCUCAUGACCAGUCUAUGCAAGUCCCUAUCGCACCUCGCCCUCAAACGAGUCAAGACUUUGUCCAGCCAACGAGCAGGGCACCAUCAGCGCAAAGAAUAGUGACAACAUCCCGAGGCGAGCUUCGUCGUUCGUCAAGCACGAGGACCGUGCCUUCAAGCAGACCAGACCGAGCUCUGGCUAGCUCACCAAUCAAGUCGGUUGGACGACCUGGCCUCUCGCGAAGCUUCAGCGAAAAUAGAGGGAAGAAGCAGUCGAGCCGACCAGCGCUGCCCACUCUUGCCCCAGCUCCUCGUCCACAAUCACAACUGGUGAGCAACGCUGGCGUAGGUGCCAACCGGCCGAUUAUAAGCCAACCUUCCCGUCCAAGUGGAAGGACAUCUCCCCUGAAAAGCCAGCAACACUCCCGACUGUCCAGCUUGACAUCCAUCCCAGAGACCUCGGGUCCAAGAAUGCGAACCCAGGCGAAGUUCACCAUUGAUGCCAACGGCAGAGCAAGAGUGGAAACCACAGUCGUUGUAGAAACAGAAGAGCCAACCAGUGCAAAAAAGCGCCAGGGCUCCCAAGACGGCAGCCAACGUAGGAGGUGGACUCCCUCCGACGAGGAAGAUGACUCUUCCUCUACCGAUGACGAAGGCCCGAUUAUCAUUCCUAGCAGAAACACCUCUUUUGCGCUCCCAGAUCCGGUAAAACCCUCGAUUGUCCAUCCUUUUCACCGGGCGUCUCAUACCGGCUCGUCGUACAGCACUAGCUUCCAACACCAGGAUGAUGAUAGCGAUGGGGAGACGGUGGUGAAUGUGAAUGACCUCACGCCCACGGGAAAAGUGGCCGGGGACGCGAUCAGUGAGCUGCAAAAGGUCAGGGAGGCAAGGCAGCGGAGCGGGCAGUGGCCGCCGAGUUCUGCGCCAAAGGUGAGGAGGUCCUUUUCGGGGGUGGGGGGGUCGGGGAGUGCGAGUUUUGGGAAUCAUCAGCAGGGGGGUUACAGGGGGAGUUAUAAUAAUAGUAGCUUGAGUCCGGCUAGCAUGACGGAGGGGAGUCUGCCGACGCCGACGGGGGAGAGGGGAGGGGGGAUGAGGUGCGUUUGUGGGAGGGGGGAGGUGGGGAGGAAUGAGCUGUUGGUUCAGUGUCAAUCGUGUGAGAUGAACUUGCAUGAACGGUGUGUGAACGCGACGGAGACGUCAAUUUACAUUUGUUCGUUUUGUGCGAAUGUUACGACUGGGCAUCCGGUGAGGGGUGGUGGUGGAGGGAGGGUUAGGGAAAGGGAGGGGGACAGGGAAAGGGGGCGUUAUCAUGGGCAUGGGCAUGUGCGGGUGGGAGGAGGGGGGUCGGGCUUGGGGAUUACGAGUCCGUUGGCGCAUAAGAAUUUUAAGAGUUUUAGGUGA